GGGCUGAGUUCUACUCAAGGCUGAUGGUAUUCACCAGAGGCCCCCUUUAUCACUCAGUCCACAAUCGACACGCCACAGGCCAACAUGGCAAGGUGUUUGUAUCUCGGCUCCUUCCUUUUCACUAAGAUGGUCAAUACACCCCGUAUCUCAAUGGGAGUCAAAACCUGCCUCAUUAAAACCUGGACCCCACACAGCCAAGGCAAAGCCAUCACCAUCCACUCGGCCAUACACUCCGACUCUGAAAAGAACAGCUUGUCGGAGGAAAAAGUCAUAAUACACUUUAUUAACCAAGAUGGCAUCAGAACCACCACUGCUGUUACUGAAGGACAGACCCUGUUGGAUGUUGUUGUAAACAAAAACUUGGACAUAAGUGGUUUUGGUGCAUGUGAGGGGACAUUAGCAUGCUCCACCUGUCAUCUCAUUUUUGACAAGACAUUUUAUGAGAAGAUGGAACCAACGGUGGAUGAGGAGAUGGAUAUGCUAGAUCUAGCUUACGGGCUUACCAAGACGUCCCGUCUUGGUUGCCAGGUGACAGUGCAGAAGUGGAUGGAUGGUAUGACUGUCCAAGUGCCCCAAGAGGUGAGGGAUGCUGUGGGAUCUAAAGGCAGCCAGUGAUCCUUCAUGCAACCUGCUACACCUCUCACCUACUGUACCAAGUCUAAUCAUCAUCAUAAUCAAACAUCUCCAGGAACAUAUCACUCAGGACCACUCUGACAUGUAUUUACCCAUUGCCCUACCAAUCAACUAGCUUCUGUUGCAGAAUCGGUUGUAGCGAUUACAUAUUACCUGUACUUAGCAUACAAAAUUACCUAAAGUGGCAUGCAUUAUAAAUAGUAAGUUAUUAAAUGUUACAAACAUUGCCUGUAGUUCAAUGACAUGUCACCUAGCAUGCUGGCUUUAUAAAGGGAAACCAUUGGAAAUAUGGAAGCACAUUAAAGUGGACCAUCUUUAUUCAGCAGUUCUCUGCAAAGUGCCUUCAGAAAGUAUUCACACUCCUUGACUUUUUCCUAAAUGUGUUGUGUUACAGCCUGAAUUUAAAAUGGAUUAAAUUGAGAUGUUAUGUCACUGGCCUACACCCAAUACCCCAGAAUGUCAAAGUGGCAUUAUGUUUUUUAAUAUUGAAAUUUAUACAAAUGAAUACAUUUUUAAAAGUGAAAUGAGUCAAUAAGUACUUCAAAUCCUUUGUUAUGGCAAGCCUAAAUAAGUUCAGGAGUAAACAUUUGCUUACCAAGUCACAUAAUAAGUAGCAUGGACUCACUCUGUGUUCAAUAAUAGUGUUUAACAUGAUUUUUGAAUCACUACCUCAUCUUUGUAACCCACACAUACAAUUAUCUGGAAGGUCCCUCAGUCGAGCAGUGAAUUUCAAACACAGAUUCAACCAAAACAAACAGGGAGGUUUUCGAAUGCUUCGCAUUCUAUUAGUAGUAGCAGACAUUGAAUAUCCCUUUGAGUAUGGUGAAGUUAUUAAUUACACUGGUGAUCAAUACACCCGGUUGCUACAAAGAAACACACGUCAUUCCUAACUCAAUUGCCGGAGAGGAAGGAAACUGCUCAGGGAUUUCACCAUGGGGUCAAUUGUCACUUUAAAACAAUUAGAGAGUUUAAUGGCUGUGAUAGGAGAAAACUGAGGAUGGAUGAAUAACAUUCGAGUUACUCAACAAAACUAACCUAAUUGACAAAGAGAAAGAAAGUAAGCUUGUACAGAAUAAAAAAUACCCAAAAUAUUCAUUCUGUUUGCGACAAGUUCUAAAGUAAUACUGUAAAACAUGUGGCAAAGCAAUUAGGUAAAUGUGAUAUUUCUGGAUUUCAUCUUCAAUAAAUGUUCAAAAAUUUAAAAAUGCUUUCACUUUGUUAUUAUGGUGUAUUGUGUGUAGAUAGGUGAGAAUUAUUAUUAUUUUUAAUUCCUUUUUUAUUUAGGCUGUAACACAACAAAAUGUGGACUAAGUCAAGGGGAAUGAAUACGUUCUGAAGGCACUUUCUAAACCACAUACAUUUGCCUUUAAUAAGUAAUUAAAACAACUGUUUUUUCAUUCAACUACAUUGUGUGAAAUUUGACCCACUAAUCUUUGUGCAAAACAAUAAGUUGUUGCAAUUAAUCACCCUGCAUAUUUUAAAUAGGAUGUCUAGAAAGUUGGGACUGAGAAGGCAUGGAAAAACACAUGCAGAGAGUUUUGAGGGCAAACAUGAUUUAUUAUAGGUGGUGCAAUAAACAUAGGCAUAUACAGGUUUGUAGCAACUGAUAAUGUAAUAACUGCCAGUAAUGUAAUAGCUGCUAAUAAUGUAAUACAUGUUGCAUUCAUUAUGUAAUACAUUGUCAAUAACCUAAUAAUGUUAUAUAUCUAAAAAGCUUUUAUUACAUUAUGCAUUGAUGAAUACAUUAUGGAGUGGGUAAAAGCUUUUUCAUUAAUAGUGUAAUAACUUUAACCAAUAAUGUAAUAACAACUUAAAAAAAUAAAUACUAAAUCUAUAUUCACUCUUUUCCACGCAUAUAAAGUGUCAUGUAAUAGCUGAGUACACACCAAACCACAUUCCUGAGUCGUUAUUUGAUAUUACUAAGGGAAUGUAACCAGUGGGCUAAUGUUGGAGAGCUCAUAUUCAUGUUUCUCAACAGACAUAAAUGGGCAGAUCGUGGUAUUUAAAUCCUGACACACUUAGAUAUUGCAGAUAAUACAGUUCCAAAAUGUUGUCAUAUCUACCAGAACAUGUAAAAUGAAGCUGUGAGAGUAACUUUGUAUUAAAACAUUUCUUGUACUGGUUGACCUGAAAAAGAAAAAUGUGUAACACUUCCAUGUGGCUCAUAAGGGGACUGUAAAGGUAAAUACAUUAAAGUAGUGGAAAAAAACACAGAUUUCAGCCUUGGUUCAAUGGGUUAUGUGUGAGUGAGUGAGUGAGUGAGUGAGUGAGUGAGUGAGUGAGUGAGUGAGUGAGUGAGUGAGUGAAUCAGUCAGUCAGUCAGUCAGUCAGUCUGUGAGUGAAUCAGUGAGUUUGUCUGUCUGUCUGACAUGAGUUUGGUUCCAUCGCCACUCUGAAAGGCAAAGUAGCCUGGUCAAUCCUGGGAUAAGGAGGAGUGAAUACUUAUGUAAAUAAGGUGUUUCUGUUUUGAUUUUUAAUACAUUUGCAAAAAUGUCAAAAAAACUAUUUUUGCUUUGUCAUUAUGGGGUAUUUUGUGUAGAUUGAUGAGAAUAAAAUACUAAUUUAAUCCAUUUUAAAAUAAGGCUGUAACAUAACAAUACGUGGAAAAGUCAAGUGUUCUGAAUACUUUCAGAAAGCACUGUAUCAAUGCAUCUAUCUAUCUAUAUAUAUGGAACACCUUAUGUACACUGUGUGUGUGUAUAUAUAUAUGUCACGGUCGUCAUAUGGAGGAGAACAAGGCGCAGCGUGGUAAGCGUACAUACUUCUUUAAUCAAAGAAAGAAUACUGAAAAAACUAUACAAAACAACAAAACGAACCGUGAAGCUAAUAUGGCUAGUGCAGACAGGCAACUAAACAUAGAAUAAGAACCCACAAAAUACCCAAGGAAUAUGGCUACCUAAAUAUGGUCCCCAAUCAGGGACAACGAUAAACAGCUGCCUCUGAUUGAGAACCAAUCUAGGCAACCAUAGACAUAUAAACACCUAGACUUACAAAAACCACUAAACAUACAAAAAACCCUAGACAAUACAAAAACUAAACAAGCCACCCUCGUCACACCCUGACCUAACCAAAAUAAUAAAGAAAACAAAGAUAACUAAGGUCAGGGCUUGACAAUAUACACACACAGUGUACAUAAGGUGCUCCAUUUUACACAUGCAAAAUGGCACUGAACUUUUAAAAAACAACAGAUU